GGGCGGGGCGUGCGCGGCGUGCGCGGGGCGUGGGCGCAGCGUGUGCGCAGCUGCCGGCGUGCGUGGGGCCGCAGAUGGAGCCUCCCCCCGGCGCCGCAGAAAAUUCUAAGCUGAGACAUGUAGAAAAAGAUGUUCUGAUUCCACAAAUAAUGAGGGAUCGAGCCAAGGAGCUGUGCUCAGAUAAGGUGCAAGCUUUUACUAAAUGCUGUCAAGAAACUGGUUUUCUUAUGGUGGUGAAGUGUCGGCAAGAGAAUACAGCACUGAAAGACUGCCUGGUUGGCUACUAUUCUGAUCCAUCAUUCUAUGAAGAAUGCAAAGCAGAAUAUUUGAAGCAAAGAGAAGAAUACAGAGCAACUGGAAUUAAGAAAAAAAGACAGAAGGUUACUUCAAAUGUAUAAUUAAAACUUAAAAUGAACUUCUCACAUUUUAUAUACAACUUUGAUUUUCAAUUGAUUUAAACAGACUUAAAUGAUCUGUACCCCUGUGUGGAGUUUAACUGAAAUACACAAGAUGAAAUGAAGGGAGAAUAGAAUAAUCUCUAAAAUUAAA